GGAGGGCUGGAGCCCGGGCCAGGAGGGAGGGAGGGAGGGGGGCCGGGAGGCUGUGCCAGGCGAGCCGGAGGGGUGCUCAGCGCUCCCCCGCCCUCCUUCCGGGAGCGAGGAUGCAGACUCUGAAACUGGCGCUGCUGGGCUGAGGCAGAGGCAGGGGAGUUGCAGCGCGCGCGGCUCGGUGAGUGUGUCUCCUGAGCGCGGAGAGGCGGGGGGAGGCGGAGGACGAGGAGGAGGAGGAGGAGGAGGAGGGGGAGAAUGCCCGGAGCCGCCGUCGCUGCCGCCGCCGCCGCCGCGAUGCUCCCGGCUCAGGAGGCUGCCAAGCUGUACCACACCAACUAUGUGCGGAACUCGCGGGCCAUCGGCGUGCUGUGGGCCAUCUUCACCAUCUGCUUUGCCAUCGUCAACGUGGUGUGCUUCAUCCAGCCCUACUGGAUUGGCGACGGCGUGGACACCCCGCAAGCCGGCUAUUUCGGGCUCUUCCACUACUGCAUCGGCAACGGCUUCUCCCGGGAGCUGACCUGCAGGGGCAGCUUCACGGACUUCUCCACGCUGCCCUCGGGCGCCUUCAAAGCCGCCUCCUUCUUCAUCGGCCUCUCCAUGAUGCUCAUCAUCGCCUGCAUCGUUUGCUUUACCCUCUUCUUCUUCUGCAACACGGCUACGGUGUACAAGAUCUGUGCCUGGAUGCAGCUCACCUCCGCUGCCUGCCUUGUGCUUGGCUGUAUGAUUUUCCCUGAUGGCUGGGAUUCAGAUGAAGUCAAACGGAUGUGUGGAGAAAAGACAGACAAGUACACUCUUGGGGCGUGUUCAGUCCGCUGGGCAUACAUCCUGGCCAUUAUUGGGAUUUUGGAUGCCCUGAUCCUCUCGUUUCUGGCAUUUGUGCUUGGUAACCGACAAGACAGCUUGAUGGCAGAGGAACUGAAGGCAGAAAACAAAGACGACGGAAAUGCUUAAAGCAAACUAAGGUAGUGUGAGACCACACCAUUUCUGCUAAGCCAAUAUUCUCUAGAAUGAGCACAAAACAAAUCAAGUAACAGCUAAACAAAUCGAAUAAGAGCUUUUGUACAUCAACAUCAAGAAGGAAGACUCUUGGGAGAAAUCAGAGUACAGAGACGGAUCUGGACAAGAGUGAACCAUCUACUUGUCAAAGCACUUUCUAAAUCUGGACUGGCAGAGAUGGGAGUGAUUUUCUGGAAGGAGAUGUGAUAAUGGAUUAAACACCAGCUCAUUGGAAACUAUCACCGAAUAAGAUCAGACCGCAUUCAUGAGAAAUCACAUUCAGGAAAUAUUUUAAGGAAGAGGAGUAUAAAUGUGCUAGAAUUAACAUGUAAAAUAUAUAUGUACCGAGGUUUGUAAACUGUCCUUUUUUAAUCCAACGGAAAACAAAAAGCUUUAAUCUUUCAACCUUAUUUGAAAAAAGGCAGUCAAUCCUAAAUUAUUCCUAUCUCAAUAGCCAAGAGGCUUAUCAAGCAUCAUUCAUGGAGGAAGCAUCUUAGAAAAUGCCUCUGCGUGUUUUCACAUGAUCUUUGGUUCCCCAUCUCUGCCGUGUGUUUCUUUCACUGUGUAAUUAGUUACAACUACUCAGUUAAGAGAUGUAACACUUCAAGCUUUUUACAGAGUCUGUGUUCAGUUUAAUCUGUCUGUACAAGUUAUUAAUGAGAAAGUGUUUUUGACAUAUACUAUAACUCCAUCGAGAUGUAUAUUACAGGAAGUACAUCUUAACAUCAUAAGUUCCCAAGCAACAUAGAUAUCCCUAUCUUCCAGGAAACAGUAUCAAGGAACUCUGAAAAAUAUAGAAAGCUCAUUUUCACCUUGGAUGCUCACAUGUAAUAUAUAGGCUGCUAUCAAAUAAAUACCUUUUUCUAAUUCUCCCUAGUACAUGCAUAGGAAUUGAAUAUACUUCAUAAGAAGGCAUCUAAAAUCCCUCCUUUUUUUUCUAUUUCUUUGCCAUACAUGUCAUCAGAAAUCCAUAUCCUUUUUACCCUUACUAAUAGGUACUUGUUU